AUGUGCGGGAUCGUCUUCUCCCUUAGGUGGUGUCCUACGCUUUCGGAGGGGGGGAAGGGUUUUGGGACUGAAGGCGAGGAAGACAGGCAAGGGCGCGGAGAAGCAGACGGGGAAGAGGAGGAAGAGUGGGCAAGGCUCUGCGCACUGAACGCUCACCGAGGUACAGCAUACUCUUUCCCCCCUCGCCCCUCCCUCCUUCGCCCGCUUCCCUCUGACCAUAACCCCGAUCCAGGCCCAGACCACCAAGCGGAACACACUGUCAACCUCGCUCUUCCCGGGUGCAGCGUAAAACUCAGGUUCUUCAGUUCGGUCCUUCAUCUCCGGGGUGAACUGACCCCCCAGCCCCUCAGGCUGGUGGCGGGGGGUGAUGUCCUCUGCUGGAACGGGGAGGUGUUCGAAGGUCUUCCCGUGGGGGACGAAAACGACACGGCUGUCCUUUUUCGGGCGCUGCAGGCUGGGGAUGUACACUCCGUUCUGGGCCAGGUAGAAGGACCAUAUGCGUUCGUGUACCUUGAUAGAGGAAGGAAGAAACUGUACUUUGCCCGGGAUCCACUUGGCCGCCGAUCGCUGCUGCUGCACCAAACGGGGGAAAGCCUGCUGCUCGCUUCCUCCGGGCUUGGGAAGUCUCUCACACCAAAGGAAGUCGACCCUCUCCAUAUUCAGGUUAUCGACCUCUCCUCGUUAGGACGUGGGCUGACCGUGCAAGUACUGGAGCGGGAAGGGAGGGAAGAAUGGAGGAAGCCGAUGGAGGUCAACCGUUCCCUCCCUGGGGAUGGGGAUGGGGUGGGGGACGAAGAGCUCCAGGAGAGUGUACGAGGGUUCUUGGAUGCCCUGGAGAGGAGCGUGCGCUUGAGGGUGGAGCAUAUCCCUCGUAUUAACAGACAGGAAGAAGGACAGAGUAGGGUAGCGGUGCUCUUCUCUGGAGGAGUGGACUGUACGCUACUGGCCGCGCUGGUACAUAGAUGUCUACCGAUCGAGGAGAGUAUCGAUCUCUUAAAUGUAGCGUUCGAGAACCCACGCAAGCUUCUAGCAGAACAAGCCGGGAAGAAGAAGUACAAAAGCGCCGGCGUUACCACACCAGGAGAAGCAGACCGCCCACUACCAGGAGGAGAAGAGACAGACAAGUACACCGUCCCCGACCGGCUGACGGGCCUGGAUGCUUGGUCCGAGCUGCGAUCUAUCUGCCCCGGGCGGACCUGGAAUCUCGUAGCCAUCGACGUGCCUUGCUCGGAUUGUAUCGCCAACGAGCCACUUGUGAGGGAGCUGAUGUACCCUUCCGAAACGGUCAUGGACCUCUCUUUGGGGAAUGCGCUAUUCUGGGCUGCGAGGGGAAGGGGGAAGUUGGUCGUCCCUGCCGACGCGGGGAUGGAAGGAGACGCGAAGGGGCGGGGAGGGGAAGAGUACGAGAGUCCCGCACGCGUGCUGCUUAGCGGUCUGGGGGCGGACGAGCAGCUCGCCGGGUAUGCACGACACCGGCGUGCGUUCGAGCGCCUAGGCUGGGCCGGGCUGGUCGAGGAGCUGCAGACGGACAUCUCCCGCCUGCCUACUCGGAACUUGGGCCGGGACGAUCGGGUGAUAUCCUACCUUGGAAAAGAGGUACGCUACCCGUACUUAUCCCUCGAUUUUGUGGCUUUCCUUUCGCGACUCCCUGUGGAAUGGAAAGUCCGCCUGGAUGGGGAAGGGGGGGAUAAGUGGGUAUUGCGAGAGGCGGCGGAGAGGUUGGGACUGAAGAGAGCGGCGGGGAGGAAGAAGCGGGCGAUGCAGUUCGGGAGUAGGAGUGCAAGGAUGGACCAGAAUGCGAAGAAAGGGUAUAUAAAGCUAGAUGAUCUUUAG